AAAAAAAUUGUAACAGAAAAAUCUGGUUUCAGUUUCAUACCUUCUCCAACUUCGCCGGAGCUCUAUGGCUAACCACCACGAAAUCCACGCGCCACUCCUUCACAUAGAACCACCAUUGAUUGUGCCGGAAAACUCGCCGGCGGAGGAGGACUACGAAGACUCUCCGAUUGAGCAAGUUUCGCUGACAGUCCCGGUCACCGACGAUCCCUUCGUACCGGUAUUCACCUUCAGGACAUGGAUACUAGGAACCCUAGCAUGCGUGCUUCUCUCGUUCCUGAACCAGUUCUUCUGGUACCGGAGGGAGCCGCUAUCCCUGACGGCGAUAUCGGCGCAGAUAGCGGUGGUUCCGGCGGGGCACCUGCUGGCGGCGACGGUGACGGAUCGAAGGUUCUGGAAGGGAACGAGGUUUGAGUUCACGAUGAAUCCAGGGAAGUUCAGCGUGAAGGAGCACGUGCUUAUCACGAUUUUCGCGAACUCCGGCGCGGCGAGUGUUUAUGCGAUUCAUUUUGUGAGUGCCGUUAAGGUGUUUUACCGGAAAGAGGUUACUGUAUUGAUGGGCUUUUUGGUGGUUAUAACGACUCACUUGUUGGGCUUUUGUUGGGCCGGGCUUCUAAGGAGGUACUUGGUUGAGCCUGCUGGUAUGUGGUGGCCACAAAAUCUUGUCCAGGUCUCUCUUUUCAGGGCACUGCAUGAGAAGGAGGAGAGGCCAAAAGGAGGGUUAACUCGGAAUCAGUUCUUCUUCAUGGCAUUUGUUUGCAGUUUUGCUUAUUAUGUCUUACCAGGCUACCUAUUCCCAAUGUUAACUUCACUUUCUUGGAUGUGUUGGAUGUUUCCCAACUCCAUUGUAGCACAACAAAUAGGUUCAGGAUUACAUGGUCUUGGACUUGGUGUUGUUGGUUUUGACUGGUCUAGCAUAUGUGCUUAUCUUGGUAGCCCUUUGGCUAGUCCUUGGUUUGCUACUGCUAAUGUUGCUGCUGGUUUUGCCAUUUUUGUCUAUGUCCUCAUUCCCUCUGCUUAUUGGCUGAAUAUCUACAAUGCAAGAAAAUUUCCCAUACUUUCAGAUGAACUAUUCAUGUCCAAUGGCCAGAAAUACAACAUAUCAGAUAUUAUAGACCCUAACUUUCGCCUCGACCUAGAGGCAUACGAGCGCGAUGGCCCUCUUUAUCUUAGCAUAAGCUUUGCAAUGGCAUAUGGCUUUGCUUUUGCUUGCCUUUCUGCAACCCUUGUUCAUGUACUCCUCUUCCAUGGAAGGGACAUAUUACAACUAAGCAAGUCUGCGUUCCAAGAGAAGAAGAUUGAUAUACACACUAAGCUGAUGAGAAAAAAUUAUAAACAAGUUCCUGAAUGGUGGUUUAUUUGCAUUCUAUUGUUCAACAUCACUGCAAUUAUGUUCAUAUGCAGAUAUUAUAACGAUCAACUCCAGCUUCCAUGGUGGGGUGUGGUGUUAGCAUGUGUUGUUGCUCUGUCAUUCACUCUUCCAAUUGGAAUCAUUAGAGCUACAACAAAUCAGGCACCGGCUUUGAAUGUUAUCACAGAAUACAUAAUUGGAUACAUCUAUCCAGGAUAUCCCAUUGCAAACAUUUUGUUUAAGACAUAUGGGAAUGGAAGUAUGAAACUGGGGAUUUCAUUUUUGCAAGACUUCAAGCUUGGCCAUUACAUGAAGAUCCCUCCUAGAUCAAUGUUCGUUGCACAGAUACUUGGCACUACUAUAUCCGCUUUGGUCCAUUUAACAACAGCAUGGUGGCUCAUGAGCACUAUUCCAGACAUAUGUGAUAGAGAAUUGCUUCCAGCAAGUAGUCCAUGGACUUGCCCCACUGAUCAUGUAUUCUAUGAUGCAUCUGUCAUAUGGGGUUUGAUAGGUCCUCACAGAAUCUUUGGAGAUCUUGGCCACUACUCAGCCAUAAACUGGUUCUUUUUGGCUGGUGCUAUUGCUCCUUUAUUAGUAUGGCUAGCACACAAAACCUUCCCAAACAAACAUUGGAUUAGACUUAUAACCAUGCCAGUUAUCUUGGCUGCCGUAGCCGAAAUGCCUCCGGGCACUCCGGUGAACUACACUAGUUGGGUUCUUGUUGGAUUCCUCUCAGGGUUUGUGGCCUACCGAUACUAUCGCCGGUGGUGGAGCCGACACAAUUAUGCCUUGUCCGGAGGACUUGAUGCCGGAUUAGCAUUCAUGGGAGUGCUGCUUUACUUGUGUUUAGGGAUGGAAAAUGUUAACUUAAACUGGUGGGGGAGUGAAGUGGAUGGUUGCCCUUUAGCUUCAUGUCCAACUGCUCAAGGUGUCACAGCUCAAGGGUGUCCUCUAUACUAAGUUUGUAAAUUACACCAUUGUUGUAAUUUGUAGUUACUACUUACUAGGUUCAAGGUUGUAUGUAGCUGUUUACAUAUCAUUCUUGAUGCUUCAACCAAUGUUGUAUGACUUUUGUAGUAGUUUCAUUUGAAUGAAAAGAAAAAAAAAAUUGUUGGAUUAUUAUCAACAUU